AUGGGCCUACGGAAGAAACCCAAUUUUUUGAAAUGUAAGGUAGUGUCACAGGUGAGUGAAGGAACUGCCGUUCCAGCAGAUGUACCUGCUAUACCCGUUCACAUAGGGCCUUCUCCAUCUGUUCCAAUUGAGGGGCCUUCCCCAUCUACUACUUCAUCCCGGAGGCCUCAGGAUGAUGAUGAGAGUUCCUCAAAGACGCCCUCCGACCGCAGAUAUCGUCGGGCCAGUUCUUCUACUCCUAUGCAAGUGACAGAAGAUGUUGGUUCUCCAGUGCCACCUCUUGAGCUGCACGAGGAGGCUGAUGCGGCUGAGGGGACUGUCUUCUACCUUGGGGAUCCUAUAGAUUUUUCUCAGUUGAUAGAGUAUGCAGAUCAUUCAGCCAGAUGUAUCUGGGACGUGGAGGAUAGGGAUCUUCUGAAGUUCUACAACCACGAGAGGUGGCUUCUAGAGACUUUGUCAUUUCAUCUUCCUCAUGGUGAGGUUACCAUCACUCUUGACAACAUCGCAUGCCUCCUGUAUAUACCUAUCAGGGGUACCCUACUUGGUCACGGUAGGCUGUUGAAGGAGGAAGUAAUGGAGAUGCUAAUUAAGGAGCUCGGGGUUGAUCCUGAGGACGCGCUUGAGGAGGUGGAGAGGACCUGCGGGCCGCACGUGAGGUUUCAUUUCUUGACGCGAAAAUACGAGGUCGAGCUCCUUGCGGAACAGGAUGCUGAUGGUGACGAGGCAGGGGUCAAUAUACUUAGACAGCAGGUUUGGAUAUUACAACACUUCCCCGAUAUUAUUGGUUGGGGAGAGGCGUCGGAUUACACUAAGGCCAUGUCGCGUGGUAGAGCCUUCAUCCCCCUCAGAGGGAACCCGGUGUCAGAUCCUUACAGGUCCUAUUUUGACCGCAUGGGUGUCAAGGACGUCCAAUACAAUUGUUAUGCUAAUCACUAUAAGACGCUUCCGUUUGAUAAUAUCACACUAUAUUCUAGAUGGUUGGCUUUCAGUUCGACCAUCAUUGUUAGUUAUCUUCCGGAGUGCGUCAUGUGGCAGUUCGGUUACCAGCAUACGAUACCUCGCCACUCUUCUGUCUCCACUUCUAUCGCCAUGACCCAUCGGUAG